CGAUCACGUUGCUGUCACGUGACGCGGUUGUUGGGCCCUGCCAGUCAGUAGCAGGAGGCUGCAGGGAGAGAAGCAGCAGCAGCAGCAGUCGAGCAAUCCCAAGAGUUAUCAACUAAAGAAGGAUGACGUUGAUGGUUAAAGUGGCCCUCCAGCAGGAAGACAGCUGAUGGAGAGGAGUUAUUGCUCCUCCUCUUUUUUUCUGGAGCAUAUGAGGAGAAGACAAGAGCUUAAAAUGACUCGCUGACUUUCGAGACAAUUGAUUAACAGGAAGCACUGGGACAAGCUGAAUGGAUUUGUUUACAACUUUUUAAAGGAUCUAAAAAGAAGCACCGGAAUAUUUUUUUUAUGCUGAUCAACAAAACCUCCUGCUCAGUUUUUGUCAAAAUGUGUGCCUUUUGCGUGAAUGCAUUUUUCUGACACCUUCAGCAAUGCGAACUUAUUGGUCAGAGAGAGUGGCAGAUUGAAAAGGAAAAGGAUUAUGCACCCUUGUACUUCGUCAUUCCAAACAUUAAACCACUAACCUCAUACCGGGAGUGGUGCCUGUAAGGGUACAGCUCUCACCUCAAGGGACCCAGCCUUCCUCCGGACUGUGUUUGAUCCAAGAGGAGAGGUAAAGGAGCCGCUGGAAUGUUCGCUGCUGUAGAACAUGGUCCGGUCCUCUGCAGCGACUCCAACAUCCUGUGCCUGUCGUGGAAAGGCCGGGUACCAAAGAGUGAGAAAGAGAAGCCGGUGUGCAGGAAGCGCUAUUACGAAGAGGGAUGGCUCGCUACCGGGAACGGUCGGGGAGUAGUCGGCGUCACGUUUACAUCCAGCCACUGCAGACGGGACCGACCCACCCCACAGAGAGUGAACUUUAACCUGAGGGGUCACAACAGUGAGGUGGUUCUGGUGCGGUGGAAUGAGCCCUUCCAGAAAUUGGCCACUUGUGAUACAGAUGGAGGGAUUUUUGUUUGGAUCCAGUAUGAAGGUCGCUGGUCGGUGGAGCUGGUGAACGACCGUGGAGCUCAGGUGAGUGACUUCACCUGGUCCCACGACGGCACCCAGGCUCUCAUCUCCUAUCGUGAUGGUUUCGUCCUGGUGGGAUCCGUCAGUGGGCAGAGGCACUGGUCCUCUGAGAUCAACCUGGAGAGUCAGAUUACCUGUGGGAUCUGGACCCCUGAUGACCAGCAGGUCUUGUUUGGCACCGCGGACGGCCAGGUGAUAGUGAUGGAUUGUCACGGGCGAAUGCUGGCCCACAUUCUGCUGCAUGAGUCGGAUGGCAUUGUUGGCAUGUCCUGGAAUUACCCCAGUUUCCUUGUGGAGGACAGCAGUGAGAGCGACACUGAUUCAGACGACUAUUCCCCGAGGCAAGUCCACAGUCACAAACCUCUGCUGACAGUCAGCUUCACCUCUGGAGACAUCAGCUUGAUGAACAACUACGACGACCUGUCUCCCACACUCAUCCGCACUGGUCUCAAAGAUGUCGUGGUCCAGUGGUGCUCACAAGGGGACCUCCUCUCUGUGGCGGGGAUGGAGAGAACCCCACUCUCCCCUGACCCCACAUGCCCACCCGCCACCAAGAAUGCCAUCGUCAAGUUCUACAAUGUUCGUGGCGAAAACAUCUACACUCUGGAAACACCAGCGCAGCGGCCGAUCACCACACUCUGCUGGGGUCAUCGGGACUCCCGUCUGUUCCUGGCCUGUGGUCCAGCGCUGUAUGUGGUACGAGUCGAGCAUCGCGUCGCCAGCCUUCAACUCCUCUGCCAGCAGGGAAUCGCCACAGCAGUCAAGGAGGAGAAGGAUGUUGCCAAGCUCACCAUGCCUUCACGCCUGUGUUCUUACGUCACUGCCGCUUUCGUUCCCACCAUCAAGCCGCCCAUACCAGAUCCCAACAACAUGCGUGAGUUUGUGAGCUACCCGACAGCCGGCAACGAGCGUCUACACUGCACCAUGAAACGUACAGAAGACAACCCAGAGGUGGGGAGUCCCUGCUACACUCUGUACUUGGAGUACCUCGGAGGGCUGGUGCCAAUCCUGAAAGGACGAAGGAUUAGUAAACUGCGACCCGAAUUUGUCAUAAUGGACCCAAAAACUGAAGGGAAAACAGAUGAGCUCUACAGCAACAGUUUGAUAUCGUCCAUGAUUGACAGCUGUAACUGCUCUGACUCCAGUGACAUUGAGCUCAGUGACGACUGGGUUGGCAAGAAGUCCCCAAAAAUUUCCAGGGGAAGCAAGUCCCCCAAACUUCCCAGAGACUUAGUUUGUCCCUUUACCAACAGAAUCAACAUUGAUCCCAGAAAAUCGCCAAAAUUGUCUCGAGCCACCCAAGAGAUAUCAAGGUCGCCAAGGUUACCCAUUCGGAAGCCAUCCAUCGGGUCACCAAGUCUCACUAGGAGAGAAUUUCCUUUGGAUGACAUCACCCAGCAAAACUAUCUGGCUCAAGUGACUUCAAACAUUUGGGGAACAAAAUUCAAGAUUGUGGGCCUGGCUGCUUUUUUGCCAACUAAUCUUGGCGCAGUCAUCUACAAGACGAGUCUCCUGCACCUGCAGCCCAGGCAGAUGACUAUAUACCUGCCAGAGGUGCGAAAGAUCUCCAUGGAAUACAUCAACCUGCCAGUUUUCAGCCCAAACGUCUUCAGUGAGGAUGAAGACGACCUGCCUGUCACAGGUCCUGCUGGUGGAGCAGAGGACAACCCUCCCUGCACUGUCAACAUCCCCAUCGCCCCCAUCCACAGUCCCGCACAGGCCAUGUCCCCAGCACAAAGCAUCGGUUUGGUCCAGUCCCUCCUAGCCAAUCAAAACGUUCAGCUGGAUGUCUUGACCAAUCCCACGACCACCCCCUCAGGUGCUGCCGCUGCAGCUGCUGGUUCUGACCAGAACCAAGACACUGUACUGACGGCCCAGUAUUCAGUUCCCACCAGAUACUCCAGUCCUGGGCAGGUGAUCUUUGGAGGGCUUAUGGUGGGUUCUUCUCAUAGUCAUCACCCUUCACAGCAGCAACAGCAACAAUCCAGUCACCAUCAUCAUCAACAACAACAACAACAACAACAACAGCAACAGCAGCAUCAGCAACAUUUACAGCAGCUGCAGCACCAUCAACAGUUACAGCACCAACAGCUUCAGCAGCAGCAGCAGAUCAUGCAGCAGCAACAUUUACAGCAGCAGCAACAGCUUCAGCAGCAGCUCCAGCACAUCCAGCAGCAGCAGCAGCUACAACAACAAAUCCAGCAACAACAACAACUGCAGCAGCAUCAGCUCCAGCAGCAGCUCCAGCAGCAGCAGCAACAGAUGCACCAUCAAACACAGCAGCAGCAGAGUCACAUGCAACACCAACUUCAGCAGCAGCUCCAAAUCCAAAUCCCCGUCCCAUCCAUGCCAUCAGGGCAGUCGAGCGUGUCGAUGCAUCAGCUUCAGCCGGGGGCGCUGCAGAUUCAGAUCCCGCACCCUCCUGCCGAUUUAGCCCUGGAGAGAGGAAUGGCGGGAGAACACGAGCACCUACUGAAGAUAAAAACCACUCGUUUGGCCCCUCAGCUGGCAGAGGGGGACACUGUGGUCUUCAGUGCCCCUCUUGAGCUCAGCAAAAUGAACCCCCCUCCACCUUACCCCGGUACUGUGGCAGCCGCUGUGGCUGCUGCAGCAGCUGCUGCGUCUGUGUCUGCCUCAAACGCAGGGUCAAAUGGAGCGCCUGGAAUAGUAGUGGGCAACAGUGGGACCCCGCCCCCUAGUGACCUUGGCAUGAAGAAAGGAGACUUUCCACUGUAUCCCUCAGGUCAGCAGCAAGCUCAGUACCCCACUCCACUGGGUUAUGAGAGGAUCACUACCUUUGACAGCAGUGGGAAUGUGGAAGAGGUUUGCCGUCCUCGAACUCGUCUGGUCUGCAACCAGAAUGUCUACACUCUCCAGGGACCUGGCAGUUCUGCCACUCUCAGGGUCACUUCUUCGUCAUCAUCAUCCUCAUCAGCGGAGGGCAAAAAGGCCCAGCUGCCCUACACUUCUGCCACACUCAACAGGCUCACUGCACCCCGGUAUUCUAUACCUAGUGGAGACCCUCCUCCGUAUCCAGACUCGGCCAACCAGAACAGUUCGAUCAACAGAAAUCCUAGUCAGAGGAUUGACAGCAGUUUGAUCCAUGCCACUCUCAGGAGGGACAGCCGGGAAGCUGCUCUGAAAGUUUCUCAGAUGCUAGAGCCGCCUCGCCCACUGCCUCCCAAGGCUAAAAACAGCGGUACUCUUGCAGCCUCAUAUCAGCAGAGGGUGCCAACAGCCUUAUACACCUGCAGCCAGUGUAGCAGUGGGUCCGGUGUUGGAGGGUCUGCCCCAGGCAGCGCUAAUGGAAUAGCAGGCGGAACAAUUAUCAGACAAGAUUUCCCUCCAGCCAGUGGAGCGCCUCAUAGCACUGUUAUCAUCCACUCCAACAGUGCAACCCCUCUGGCCUCUCAGUCGUCUUACAGCCUGUUGAGCGCGCUUGAAGGUUCUGCACCACCAGCAGCAGGAGGAGGAAAUGGCAGAGACCGGGUUGAAUAUGUCAAUUCAGCUUUUACGGAGGAUGAAACACUGACUCAGUCACUGCGGCAUUUGGCACUUGGAGGGAGCGAUUCAUCCGGACUGGUGGUUAAACGCCCGCCACCCUACCAGUGGGACCCGGCUUCCACUGAGGAGGUUUGGGUCCCUCAGGAAAGGACAGCCACACUGAACCCAGCUGCCCCACCAUUACCACACAAACCGCCGCCCCUUAUAUUGAGUCCCGCACAGCACUUGGACGUGUCGAGACUCCCCUUUGUCCUUUCACCCAAGUCACCAACGAGCCCAAGCGCAGCAUCAUUUCAGGCUGCAGCUGCUGCUGGAUACCAAAUUUCUCUCCAGUAUCCCCCGGUAUCAGCCUAUUCAGGAGCCCAGCUCCAACCCAUCCCUGGAUCACCACGACCAUGCUCAUCUCCCAAGGAGAUGGUGGCACCAGUUCCCUUUUCCCAGCAGGAUGCAACUAUAGUUUUACCUCCUGGGUACCCUGCUAAUCUAGCUAGCCUAGCGUGCUGCCCUCUACCUCCCAUGUACCCUGGGGGGAAUUCAUGUGCCGGGGUGACCAUUCCUCCGAUUGCCCUCCACACACCCUGGGGUACGUAUAACUCCUGCACACCGGUGUCUACUCCUGCAGUGCCACUACCACCUAAAGCCUCUCGAAUGGCCGAUGAAAAGAAAGUCCUUUCUCCACCUCCUCCUCCGCCACCCCCUCCUCCACCACCACCUCCAACAGAGCUUCAGAACCACGCGGGGCUACAGGAGGCCAUGGCCGAAGCGGGAGAGAGCUACCAGGAGGUGCUCUCUCUGACUGAGAGCCCUGUGCCGCAGCGCUCAGAAAAGUUCAGCAAGAAGAAUCGCAAGCGAGUUGACAGUCGUGCUGAAGAGGCCAAUGUGCCCUCUUUGUCUGAAGGUAGCAGAUCCAAAAAGGAAGGCAGAGCUCUGGGAGAUUUUAACUCCUUAAUUUCUAGCCCGCGCCUCGGGGGGAGAGACAAAAAGAAGCUAAAGGGACAGAAGGAGCAGCAGUUAAAAGCUAAGAAGCUUAGCAAGGCUACUGCUAACAGUGAGUUCCAGGACAGUUCAGAAAGUGAACCGGAACUCUUCAUCAGCGGGGACGAGCUGCUGAACCAGUGUCAGAGCAGCAAGAAGGGUUGGAAGAGCAAGAGGAACCUCAGGGCCGCUUGUGAGCUCGACGAGAUCAAGUGCCGGAAAGCUAAUGAGAAGGAGGACCGAGGGCUGGGCAGCCAGGGUUUUGUGUAUGUGAUGGCCAACAAGCAGCCGCUGUGGAACGAGGCCACGCAGGUGUACCAGCUGGACUUUGGUGGGCGAGUCACACAGGAGUCUGCCAAGAACUUUCAAAUUGAACUGGAAGGCAGACAGGUGAUGCAGUUUGGCCGGAUCGACGGCAACGCAUACAUCCUGGACUUUCAAUAUCCCUUCUCUGCUGUGCAGGCCUUCGCAGUGGCUUUGGCAAAUGUCACUCAACGCCUCAAAUGAGAUACCCAAUCUCACUUUACCCCGAGUUAUAUCUGGGAUUUAAUGCAAUUUGUUCAAGGGGCACAAUUGUUUUAUAGAAACAGAGGUACAGAGUGAGCCUUGGUCAGUUAGAGAGAGCCACACAGUGAUGCUGCACUACACAUUGCUGCAACUUGAGUUAGUGCAAUAAGAUUGGCUGCAUUUUCGCAGAGAGGCCCUCAGAUGAGCUCCGGUUGCUGGCCUUGCAUGUGGAGCCAAAGAGUGUCUUUGGCCAUAGUCAUGCGAAAUAAAUGCUGCUUUUGGUGAGCGGAGAGAGGAUCAGUCGGUUAAGCGAGGCAGCAGUAAUACUUGAAAUCACACUCUGGGGAAGAAAGUUUCCAGAGCACAGGUACUACUGGGCACUCAAAUCCACAGCUGUAUACAUAAAUAACUACUUUGUUAUACAGAUUUUGCUAACAGAAUUUUACUACAUGACAAUGGAGGAUAGAUCUUGUGUUCCUUUCUCACAUGUAUUGUAUUUCUAUCUCAAUUUGGGCCUGAGUUAUUGUUUGGGAGCUUCAUGCGACUCUGCUGAUGGUUUCCCAACAAGGGGUCCUGAAGGAUGAAAGCUACGUUCACAUCACCAUACAGACACUCCAGCUGAGGGCCGUGGUUAGCAGCAGCCACACCUCAAAUCUUCAACCGUUCUGUUACCUGCCAGUUAAGAAACAGGACAUUUAAAUCUAGAAAUUUGAUCACGAUACCAAUGCUUUAUCUUUUGUUUUACUCAGUGAUAUCUCCUAUGAACGUCAAGCUAUGACCUUCUAGAAAAAUGUUAUGGUAAUGUUUUCACCUGUUGCCCUCAAAUGAAGCAUCUUCAGUCCAAAUCAGGCGUCUGUGGAUGGAAAGUAGAAGCAGUGUAAAUGUCGGUAAAACGACACAAACCUAACCAAUACUACAAAGGCGGUAAUGUGAAUGUAGCCGGAGCUAUGUUACAACUUCUAUCUUUUGAUUUGGGUCUUCGUUGUUUGCGAAUAACUGUUCACACCCUGUUGCUUUUUACGAUACACCUGCUUUAUUUUGGAGACUGGCAGCUGAAUUCAGUCCAGUCUGGACAAUUCAGGUAGAAGGGUGUGCUCAAUAGCUUUGACUGACAAAUCCUGUGCUUAGUGGAAUACCUACCACCGGGUGACAAACACACGAACAAGGCCAUGGGUUCAGUAACUCAACCUGCCGCGGGAUGAUUUGUCACCUGCUGUCACUUCUGUGAAGUGAGUGAGUAGUUUAGGGGCCUGACCCUCAUCUUUAGAGUCCACACGGAAAAUGUAAGCAAGGAAAUAUUUUUUGUAAAUCUCUCCUAUGCCAUUUCACAUUUGUGUACGUACAUAUCAGUCAUAUGUAUAUGUUGUAAAGAGACUGAGAUGUGUCUCCACUGUGCUUUCCGAGAGUAAUUCCAGAUGUGGAGCAAAGCUGGAAAUCCGCUACAAACCAGCUGACGACAUUGUGGCUGGAUUGUUGAAGUCAAUUUUUGCAAUGAAGGAUGUUCUGAACUGAGCUGAUAAUGAGAAUAGACAAAGCCGUUUCCAACCCCGAAACAUCUGUUUGGAAGUACAUUACAAUCUUGGCCAGAAGUUUAACACCAUCCUCUCAUAUGGAAAUGUAUAGUCGCCUGACUGUGUUUAAUGGCUUCAGAUCCCGUCUCAGUUAUGAGGUUAUUAAGCCAAGUGAAAUGCAAGCGAAGACCCUGCCAUCUGAAGGAUUGCACUGAGGUCAAAUGAAUUUGGGGUGACGUGAGAUUAAUAGCCAUGUCAAUGACAAGGUUUUCCCUGUUGUGGGAUGAGUAAUGGAUUCUCUUAGCUCUGGCAUUUGCAAGGUACAAAUUGUUGCUUGAGCUUCUUUGAGAUCAGAAUCUACUGAUACUAGGAAGUACUCAAUAUUUUCCUGGAGGACAGCACUCUUUGUUGUCGCUUAAAGGUUAAUCAGGACCUUCAAAGAUGGAUACGCUUCUACAAAGUCAAUCGCUCGGAGGAAACCUGCAAUGAAAGGAAAAGUGGAAUGACGAAGGCGAACAUUAGAAGUGGACUUUCCGGUUUAGAAUAACCAUCGUUGCCUACGUCUCUUAAGGGGUGGUCCUAAACUUUUGGCCUUCAAUGAGAUUAGGAUGGUGAAAAUGAACUCUCGUCACUGAACGAUCCGACCGCGUGCCAAACCUUAUCCUUUCAAUUCAAGCAGAGUGUCACUUUGAAAUUUGAAAAACAACUUUGGACCAGUUGGUCUCUAAAUAAAUGAGAUUAAAUUCUCAGUGUGACGUCGCGUCACAUUGAGUUGCAUGUCUGCCAAACGUAGUGAUGGGCAGUUGAAAACAAGUCUACUGAUGAAAUGAAAAUAAUAGACAUGAGCAUGGCGUAAAACCAUCUUUUUAUGUUUAGUAGUGCAAUAUUAUGUUGAGGGACAAAACCCUUGUCAUCACUUUUGACCACCGUUUAAUGCUGUUCUUUAAGCAUCUCCAUCGCUGGUCUGUGUUCUUUUAUUUAUGAGAUUAUUUCCACAAGGAUUAUCUAUACAGACUGUAUAUUGUGCAUUUUUUAAAAACAUUUUUUUGUGUUUAUUUGUUGCAAGUGUAGCCCAAAUUUGUAAAGUGUGGGGGACGGGUGGGGCAGAAAGGGUCAAAAUCUCAUGUGUUGUGAUGUUUGCAUUGGAUGAAAAAGAUGUGAAUGAGUUAAGUGCCCAAUUAAGUGUAGUUGGUAGAAAAGUCCCGUAGUGUGUAAGUGUCAGGUCGAGAUGUGUGUGUUCUCCAAACGUGCAGUCUACCGACCCCAUCAGUGUUAAAACCUUUUCAGACGUGUGCGUGCUCAUGGCUUCUUACGCACACACACACACACACACACACGCAGUUCCUGUCUCCUCAGGAUUCACUCGACAGAUUCUGAGACAACCUGUUGUAGAUAUUGUAGGAUUCGGGUUUUCUUUAGAGACAAUGUGCUUUGUAUUUGUAGAUGUCGACAUAAUGAUGAAAACACUUGAAAAAAAAAUGAGUUGGUGACUGAACGUUUAUAGUGAAUGGAUAGUAAGGCAUGCCAUGUAAAUUAUUUUAUAAUUGUAUA